AUACACAAUAUUGGGUCUCUUUCUCUUUCUCUCUCUCAUUUUUAGGGCUUUCUCUCUCCUCUCUCCUCUCUCUUAUUCUCAAUCUGUCUUUCUCUCUCAGGUUUCUCUCUCCUAUCUUUCUCUCUCCAGAAGGGCAAAACCCUAAAGAGCCGUUUACACCCCCCAAUUUUCAUGGAUGACGAUGCACUGAACAUGCGCAAUUGGGGUUAUUAUGAACCGACGUUUAAAGGGCAUCUCGGUCUGCAGCUCAUGUCGAGCAUGGCAGACCGUGACACGAAACAUUUUCUAUCUGGGCGUGAUCCUAAUAACAUAGUGGUUGGUGCCAAUGGAGCUUUCCAUCCACGUGAUUGUGUUGUUUCAGAUGCUCCUGUCCCUAUGAAUUAUGUAAGAGACAGUUGGAUAAGCCAAAGGGAGAAGUUUUUGAACAUGUUACCUCCAAAUCCUGGCUAUGCUGUUCUACCUGAAACAUCUGGGGCUCACUCCAUGCAAGUUCUACAGCCACCCAAUACAUCAAGGGAUGAGAAGGUGGGUGGUCGGAUUGAGGAGCCAAGUGUAAACAAGGAAAGUAGCCAGUUGAAGAAAAGGCAAGGUGGGGGUGCCCCCAAAACCCCCAAAGCUAAGAAACCUAGGAAGCCAAAAGAUAAUAGUAAUAAUGCUGUUCAGCGUGUGAAGCCAGCUAAGAAAAGUAUGGAUGUUGUCAUUAAUGGGAUUGAUAUGGACAUUUCUGGUAUUCCUAUUCCAGUAUGCUCUUGUACUGGAACUCCUCAGCAGUGUUAUCGAUGGGGCUGUGGUGGAUGGCAGUCUGCUUGUUGCACUACCAAUGUUUCUAUGUACCCCUUGCCAAUGAGCACUAAAAGACGUGGUGCGAGGAUAGCUGGAAGGAAAAUGAGUCAGGGUGCAUUUAAGAAGGUAUUGGAGAAACUUGCUGCCGAAGGCUAUAACUUUGCUAACCCAAUUGAUUUGAGGACUCACUGGGCAAAACAUGGUACCAAUAAGUUUGUCACUAUCAGAUAGAUCUACAUUGUUGGUGCCGAUGGUGAGCCUACCAUUGGAUUUGGUCUGCUUCUCUUGUAUAUAUCUGUGGCCUUUUGCAGAGAUCUAUGGUUCUUUGUAGUUCAUGAAUCUUCACAGAUAUGAUACAUGUUUUUGAAAUUCAAACAUAUGCUCUUUUCCAGAGUCAGCUGUUAAUUUUCAGUUCUAUUUGUGUUAUAAAGGCAACUAGUAACUUCUUGCCAGCAGGAUGUAGAAUGUGGAUGAAAUUAUUUUUUUGUUGGAUUUUUGGGUAACAUCUCUUUUGCCCUUAAAUGCAUCUCUUCAAAGAUUGGUAAAUGAAUUUCCCUUUCAUCAUAAGUAUUUCACAUGAUGGUUCUUUGUU